AAGGGGUGGGUCUUGAUAGCGUCGCCCAUGACAACUUCUGAAGAAUUGCUUCCUCGCCUGGAUCGUUAUCCCUUCGGGUCAGUCCAAGAGGGAUAAAAGCCAGGCGGCUGGAUGGAGCAGUUCAGAGUGCGCUACAGCCCGCUGUGCCAGCAUGCGCUGCCUAGUUUUCCGCACGACCGUCCUACUUGUUCUCUUCCUGCUGCUCGCCGGGAGCGCCUUGCAGACCCAGGCAAGAGAAUUGCGCUGUAAGUGUCUGAAGGUCUUUUCCUAUGGAAUUUUACCUGGGCCCAUUGCUUCUGUGGAUUUCAUACCUGAAGGACCGCACUGUGUCAGGCCUGAAGUCAUACUCACCAGGAAAGAUGGGAAGCAAUUCUGCAUGAAUACAACAAUGCCAUGGGUUCAGAGGAUUAUCCAAAGAUUUACAAAGAGAAAUAGUAACCUGUGAUGUAAACACUAUUAUUUGGAUAUGUAGCUGCAACAAUAAACACUGCAAUUAUGAGGAGAAAGAGAGAAGAAAGAGAGAAAAAAUUGGCAAAGACAACCCAAAGACUUAAUUAUUUCUUUAGCAAUUCCCACUUUCUUGUAUUUUAUUUUUUUAUUCAAACAUAUGUUAAUGUAUUUAUUACUACCUCUCUAUAUCAGCAUUUCUCAACCUUGGCCAUGUUAAGAUGUGUGGAUUUCAACUCUCAGAAUUUCCAUACAUUUAAAUUCCAAUGCCAUGCUCUAACAAUCAUCUAAUUCUUCAAAUCAGACAGAUAUACUCAAUGCAAACUAUAUGAGAUACAGGUAGACCUCAAUUUAUGGUUAUUUGUUUACUGAUUGUUCAAAAUUAAAACACUGAAAAAAGUAACUUACAACUGAUCCUCACACCUAUGACCAUUGCACCAUUCCCUAUGGCCAUGUGAUCUGAAUGUAAGCACUUGGCAAGUGGCAUUUAUUUACGAUAGCUGCAGCAUCCUGGGGUCAUGCAAUCACCAUUUGCGAUCUUUCCAGCUAAUUUCCCAGGAGCAAAGAUGAUAAGAAAAGCUGUAUUCACUUAAUGACCACAUGAUUCACUAAACAAAUAUAGUGAUUUGUUCAGUCACAGCAAAAAAGAUUAUAAUUUUGGGCACUUACUCACUUAACAAUUGCCUUGCUUAGCAACAGAAAUUCUGGUCCCCACUUAUGGUCUUAAGUUGAGGACUACCUCUACAUUGAAGUUAAUGGACGCUGAUUGCCUUCUUGAAUGUAAUAAUAGGUUGUGAGCCAUAGUGGAAUUUAUAAACAAGUGCACAUACCAAAAAGCGUAAGCAGGAAGUUAUCUGUACCCUAUGCUUUCCCUGUCAGCCUUUGUGGGCUUGUUCAUUUCAAAGAAGCUUACUGAAGAACUAAAAGUUAAAUACAACAGUCAUGUAAAAGCAUUCUACAUUUUGACUAAUACUUAUUUCUAUCAUAACUGGGUAUGUUUUUUGAGAAUUCUAUGACUAUAUCUUUGAUGAAUGUUUUGGAAAGUGUUUCAAUAUGACAAAAUAUGUGGAACUGUUAAGUAAUGUUUUAAAACCACUUAGUAGUUUUUUAGAACCACUGCUCAUCUCGUAUUGCCAAAUUAUUUUGAGGCUUGGUGGAUUUGUUGUUUCUGGAAUACAAAAAAUAUAGCCACAAUGAAGGCACGUAUUAAAAUUAAAUAUUUAAAAGUA